CGACUAAAUUUUCCCUGAUUAUUAACUAAACCCUGAUUAUUAAUCGCUAUUUACUGAUUUUGUUAGGUGUUUAAAAUAGCAGAUCAACCGUGCGUACAGACGAGAGAAUGAAACCAAUUUUGUGUUUGCUCACCAUCAUGUCCUGUGGAAUGCCAGUUAGAAGUACAAGCGCCCAUUCUAAAGUGAAACAUGUUGGUGCUCAUAGUAAAAGUAGCACUAAACCGCUACUUUUCAAGAAAAAUGAUGAAUGUUUUGUGAAGGGCGUGAUGCCGGAAAAAGUACUAACGGCUCAUGAGAUAGAAGAGGAAAUAGGAGCUUUGAACAAGCAAAGAAACUGGAAUGGACGGAAAGUGUUUUACAAGAUUGACAACUUUCCGAGAUGCACUGAGAUAAGUCAAACCACUAUCAAGAAGCUAAUUGAUGAAGCAGCUCAAACUUGGAAUAAAGUCCCGAAUGCCAAUAUUUUGCUUGUAAACGUUGAUGAUUUGGAGAAAACAAACGAAGUGGAUUACAACAUGAACACCGAAGAAGAAUUCAGCAAUGAAAUCAAAGAUGUAAUGGACGAACUCGUUCAAGUCAGAGAACUGGAUAAUGAUGGUAUCGACAUAAUGGUUAGCUUUGAACCGUGCAGCCACUUCAAGCACCGUGGCAAGACUCCUAAUCCUAUUGAGGAGGAUUUCGGGGAGGAAUGUGAUGCUGUCUACGCUCACGCUCAUUUUUUUGGUAAUGUUCAUUUCAACGAGUUGAUGACGUGGGCGGAGAGGAGCUACCAAGAUGAAGAAUUGAAGGAGGGAGAUGUUUUGAAACCUAAUCUGUAUUCUAUUGCCUUGCACGAGUUCGGCCAUUCCUUGGGAUUGAGUCACACGAACAAAAAAGAGGAUGCGAUGUUUUGGGAUUUUAGUGGGAGAAGGAUGCACGACCGUCUGGAAUUAGGAAGUGAUGAUAUCAGUAAACUGCAGAAUCUUUAUAAGCCUGGCAUGAAGAAUUGUAAAGAUAAUCACGCAAUUUGUAAAAGAAAUCCAGAAAAGUACUGCCAACUCGACGAAUUUAAACCACACUGUUUAAAAACUUGUGGCCAUUGUGAUCCUUGUGAAGAUGACAUUCAAGACGGGUACAUUAAGUGUGAUGAGAACAUUUGCAAAGACUUGAAGGAUCCAAUGAGACCAUUCUGCUGGAAGACUUGCAAACUUUGUGAACUAGAACCUGUUGAUGUGUCGGACUGUGAAGACGGAACCACGUUCGAUUGCACAAGUUUGGAUAGAAUCAAGAAGAAAUAUAAGAAGAAGAGGAAAUGCAGAAGGAAGGAUUGGAGAAAGGCAUGUCCACGGACCUGCGGAGUGUGCAGUGAGAACAACUCUACAGAAAAUGUAUUUUAGAUUGGUUACUCAACAAAUUACUUAUGACG